AUACGUGUUUUACUUGCAGGAAUUUUUAUAACAGUGACACCAAGCUAUGUUCUUGGACAAAGGUAUUAUUAUGUGGAUGACAACAUUGCUGGUGAGUUGUUUUGCCGGCUGAUUGGCUCUACGUAUUUUCUGUUCGUGUUUGGAAAAGGUUCUACCUUGACGAUAAUGUGUCUAGCUAUUGAACGGUGGUUUUCAGUUGUGAAACCAGUAAAGUACAAAUACGCUUUCAAGAGAGGAAGGUUGCUGUUGUACAUCGCCAUUAUAUGGGCCUUCAGCUGCUUUACACAGAUCAAUGAACUCUUUAUCAUGAAAAAUUCUCACGGGAUCUGCGCACGAAGCUCUCCUCCUUACAGCGUGAAAACCGAAAAGAUACUGACACUGUUGCACAUCUUAGCGACUUUCUUUGUUCCAAGUAUCGUUACUUGGGUUACAUUUGCACAUGUGUGGUUUCACGUACGUAGUACCAUGGUUCAUCAUCGUACACGCUUGAGUAAUUACGAGCGCGCCAAACAGAAGCUGAUUCGCAUGUGCGCUUUGACUGCACUUUUACUAACAGUUUGUUGGUUUCCGGCGGAAAUGUUUUUCAUUUUGAAAGAAUUCAAUGUUGUUACACUCUCCUUAAGCUUCUAUCAAUUCACUGACAUGCUCGCAAUGUCGAACUCUUGUUUCAAUCCUUGGGUUUACUUUAUAUAUAACCGAGAAUACAGAAAAGCUUUCCUCAGCCUUGUUACAGUGAAAAUGAGAAAGCAAGACAAUCGAACGACUGCCUUUAACCUUUUGUCUACAGCAAAAUCUCCUUCAGUGGUCCUUAUACGACAAGUCAAUAUGCAGCCCGAACUCGGAUCAAGAGAGAUAAACGUCUACCUAUGACACGUUAAACAGUACACCAAAACUAUGUUACACAGGGACCAACCUCCCUUCUUAGGAAUCCCCGUUGUAGUACCAGAAAAUUUUCUGAGCCUUAUUGUGCCAUUAGAAAUAGUACAAGCACUUCAGGAGUUGUCUGGUCAUUAGGACCGUGGACUUGUCGGUCCUCAUUCAACAUUCCCAUCAGCUAACUAACUUGAACAGAGCUUUAAGAAAUUAAUAAAAGUGACAAAAAGUAUAAGAUUUAGUAUCACUGGUGAUGUUCAAGGCUAGCAUCCUAUCCAGGGAGGGGAGAGGGACAAGCUCCGGCAAGUUAAGACACAUAGCCCGAUGUAGAUUUCACCCUAAUGUUGGAUUUCAAUGAGCUCACAGUGGUGUUUCAUAAUGGUAACCGUGGAGUUUAUGAACCUCAGAGGGUGGGCAAGGUUUAAACACUAGAAUGUUUUAUACUAUGUUAACCUGAACAGUUUUAAAAGCUCAGAUAUUUGUCAAUUAUCGGGGAUGGACCUUUGGACUAUA